GCAGACAAAUUGUUGAAAGCUCUGAAACAAUACUUGAACAGAACAAAAGAAGGAAACGAAAAUAUGGACUCUGAAAAAAGUGCAUCUGCUUCCAUUCAAUUGGAUGAACUGAGCAAUCAGGAGGAAAUCAUGCCUGCUUCGACAUCUUUUAUUACAAAAAGACAUGGUAAAGGAAAGAAAAACAGAAAAAGGAGGAGCUUCAAUGAGGAAAUUACCAGUGAAGAAAAUACAGAGCUUUCUGAUGAGAAACAGGAGCAUUCUGAAAUGAAAGAAAACAAAGUGCCUCAAGCUAAGCAAGAAAAGAGACAGAAGAUAUUAAAUAAUGAUGAACAAGAAACUGAAAAAAGAGCUGUUGAGAAUCCAGGGAUGGAUGCUGAUCAGAAAGAACAACCAGAGAAGACUUCUACUAAAAGUAGUAAAAAUGAAUGUGCUGCUCAGCAUGCAAAAGGAAAGAUCCCUGUAUAUGUAGGCCAUGCAUCUAGGCCUGGGACAACAGGAGGGAAAGUUACUACACCAAACUUUAAAAAGUUGCAUGAGGCUUACUUCAAGAAAAUGGAAUCUAUUGAUGACUACAUCGAGAGGAAGAAGAAAAUGACUGAAAACUGCAACAAUUCUCUUAGUGAAGUCAAGAAACCAACCAGUGGCAAAACAUCUUUAUUCAGCCCAAAUCCAGGAAGAGGCACACUCUCCAGCACCUGCACUCCUAGUAAUCUCCAGCGCUCACCAAGCAGUUCUCUGAAUGCUUCAAAAAGGAGUGCUUUAUCUGGGAAAUCUUCAUUUAAUCCGUCUGUCCUUUCAACAACCAAAAUGAAUGCCAGGUUGUCAGAAGCCACAAAAGAGAAUGAGCAUAAACGCUCUCUUACCAAAACUCCAUCUAGAUUGUCUCCAUACUUUGAGAUCUGCACACGUGAGAGACAGAAGAGCAGCAAAAUAAUAAGUCAGAAGAACAGCAAAAGAAAUGCAAAAAAUAAUGAUACGACUGCAUCAAGGGUUAUCACUCCCUUCAAGUUUGCAGCUAACUCUGCAGAACCCACAAGCACAAAGAAGGCAUUUGAUCUCAAAGAAAGCCUGUCGAGGCCACUUCGGUAUCAGCCACAUAAAGGACGACUGAAACCUUGGGGAGAACUUAAAGAAAAUACUGUCCCAAAAAAGUCUGCUGGCAGCAAGGUCUCUUCACAUAUGAAAGAUUACAAACAGCCACAUCUCCAGACAAGGGAUGAAAGGCGUGAGAAACAUGAGGACGAGAGGAAAAAAAACAAAACUCGGAUUUCUGGAAACCAUAGAGGAAUAUCCAUAGGUUAA